AUGGCCAAUGCCACUCCCUCGCUCGGCGAGAUUGGCACCUCGGCGCUUCGGCCGAAGCCCCACCAGGAAGACUUGACCGUCGCCGCAACAGGACGCGCCCUGAAGGGCUCGAAUUCGCUGUAUCAGAGCAUGACGGCUAUCCUGUUGCACAUCCUUCUCAUUGUCGUCGUGGAGACCGUCUUUUUCUUUGCCUACGUCAGCCGGCGAGAGACGGCAAGUUUUAAUCGUGAUUUGCACAGCACGGCGUUCGUCGCAGCAAGGACAAUUGUGAAAGAGCUCAACCAAACAGCGACAGGUCAGCAUCUGCUCUGGGCGGCCCAGUACGCCCUCACAGAUGCUGCACGGCGCCAGCAGAUUGAACAGGUCAGGGAGGGAAUCUGCAUUGGGGGGAAUCUGGAUUUGCAUGUCAUUACUGCAGCAAGUCUUGCUAGGAAUUGUCCGGCGCGAUGGUUCAGGAAAUGCCUCAUCAGGCCUUUGGCAAGGGCUGUUCGAGAAUUCAAACGAGACUUUGGAAGGCAAAGACCGCGUGGGCUCUUUCCUGAGAGAGUUCCUCCUGGACAAGCGAGAAAAGGGUACGUCUCGGUGAAUGUCGAUGGUGUGUUCUGUGUGGCUACUCUGUGCUGCUCCAUCUAUCUGCUUGUGAACAGCAAUCGCACAUGGUCGUCGGCGCCUUGAUGCCAAUAGUCGGCUGCUUCAUCAGGCCAUCUGGUUUAACGUCAUUUCGGCUCUCGUCGUUUUGUCCUGGACCUUCGGGACACCUCGCCUGUGGGCCAAAGCACGUCCCCAAGACCUCGACUGGGCUUCCAUCUUGAGAGACAACACUCUGCUGCUGCUGCUGCUUUCCAUCUUUGAGUUUGCCUUCUUCCUUCUGUUCGUGUCCCAGUACAAAGUCACGAGCAAUGACGAAAGUGCUCACUUUCUCAUGGAAACGAUGCUCGUGUACCUGGCGCAAAGUCCAGUAGCAGAUCGGCCGACGGAGAUCAGGAUAAGGAUCGGAGGAGGUGAGCGGGAAAUACCACUGGGGAAAGCGAUUGAGGCGGUGUAUGCACAUCUGUCGAAAGGGAAGCACGACAGCAGUUGAAGGACCGAUCUCAGCUGCAACUCGGAGCAGCCUUUCAUGGUCAUGCAUGCGUCCAUUUGAAGACCGACAGACGGAAUAGGGCAAGUCGCCUUUUUUGUGCUUGUUCGCGCCAUACAAAAUAGCGCUUAACCACCACCAAUAGCGCUUGCUCGAUGCGUCUCAGAC